CGUGUCCUUUGCCGAUCCGCACGGGUCAGUUUGAAAACAUUUGCCGCGCGCGCGUAACGCGUUAUAACGACGCAUUGCACGCACGGAACGUAAUACGCGCGUAGCGUACACACCGUUUGGGGCAUCAUCAUCGUUCGUCAAUCGUUUUUCGCGCCUGUACACGAGGACAAACAGCACGUCAACGACACUAUUUCCGUGCGUUUAUCGUGUAUUUCGAUUUGUCCCCGUAGCCGCAACGACAAUCAUACCGCCGAUACUAAUUAUUUUUCUUAACCGAUUGAGAUCCCCUCCUCCCGCGAUACUGUUUUCGACGGUAAACAAUAAGAUACAUACAUAGUGCGCUCGCUGGGAGGACAAAGGCGUUUUCAGCGACGCCGCCACCGCCGCCGCCACCGUGGCCCGAACGAGGACUGGACUGCUGCUCGUCGUCGUCGUCGCCAUCAUUUAGAAUGUGGCGACCGGUAUUGUAGUCGUCGUCGUCGUCGUCGUCGUCGUCGUAGUCGGUGUGCGAUACGCAACUAACCCUUUUGCGCGUCCGUCGCCCGCCCGCAGUUUCCGGUGCAGGUACACGCGCACCACGAGCCGCACGCCGUCGUGAUCAUCGUCCGUUAGGUCGUCCACCAGGUACGGAACCAGCGAACAGGAAGACCGUCUUCGAUCCUUUCGUACCCCCCCCCCUCGUCACACGCACACGCGCUGUGCCACCGGAACCGGCCCUUUUGCAGCAGCCAUGAUCUGGACCCGCGUUUACUUCCUGACCAUGUGCGCGUUCGUCGUGGGCGGCGCGUACAUACUGGACGACACGCCGCUCCACUGCUCCGUGCGCCGCAGCAUCUCGCCGUGCACGUGCUACUUCACCGGCAUGGGACAGCCCCGGAUCAUGGUCACGUGCCAAAAAAUGGAAUCGUUCGAGAGUGUCAUCGGGGCGCUGCAGAACAAGUUCGACGCCGUGUUCGACUACAUGCUGAACAUCGAGUAUUCCGAGCUCCACGACCUGGACACGAGGCGGUUCGACGAGCUGGGUUUCCCCAUAGUCGACCUCAAACUGACCAACAACAACCUCAGUACGCUACCAGACAAAGCUUUCAUCGGUAUGAACAGAAUACGGAUUCUGUACUUGUCUGAUAACAGACUCAGUGCUGUGCCUACGCAGAUAUUCAAACACAUGCCUAGUAUCCAGGUGCUGAAUUUGGCCAGGAAUUCCAUACACAGCGUUGCGUCCGGAGACUUUCAAAGCCUUUCAUUAAUGAACACGUUCGUGAUGGCUACAAAUAAUUUAACCGAUAUAACAAAUGGGUCAUUUCCAACAACCCUAAAAAAAGUUCAGUUGGGUGCAAAUAACCUAACGGAAUUGAAUGGAAAUUUAAGAAAUCAAAAAGACCUCGAAUGGCUGUAUUUGGAAAACAACCGAAUAAAAAAUCUCGACGGAGAACUACCGAUUGAUAACAACAAACUCUACGUAUUGAAUGUAUCCAACAAUAUGUUAAAUCAUCUUCCACCCGAACUUUCUCGUCUUAUGGCUCUGCGAUAUUUUUCCUGUACAUUUAAUCAGUUGACUGGCCUGAACAAAACAUUGUCCAAGUCGAAAAAAUUAUUUUGGCUCGAACUCACCGGCAACCGAAUACAAGAGUUGGCGUCCGAUGAAUUCGAAGAAGCAACGAUGAUCGCAGUGAUGGAACUAAGUAACAACCGUAUUAAAUACUUGAACAAGUCAUUGCUGCCACUUACCCAACUGUCGGAGAUCAAUUUAUCUUACAACAACAUAACUGAGUUUUCGUUGGCUGAAAUCAAGGGAUUGAAAGAAUUGAAACUGGUCGAUUUGUCGCACAACGCAAUAUCCAAAUUAUUAGGCCAUUCUGAGAUUAUAAGCGAACCGGUGACUGGAAUCGAACACUUGAAAUUAGACCACAACGAGUUGGAAUCGUUAGGUGGUUCGUUGAUCGGUAUCACGACAUUGGUCAAACUGAAUAUCAGUCAUAACAGAUUUAAGGAUUUGUCACCGUACGACCUGACGGGAUUGAGUUUAAAAAUCUUAGAUGUGUCGCACAAUCUAUUGCACAUACUACCAGACUCCUCGCAGAUAAAUUUACCAGCUCUCGAGAAUUUGGUAGCUUCGCAUAAUGCUUUGACCAGCCUUUCCAAAGAUUUCCACGGAUAUCCCGUGCUCUGUCACGCAGAUCUCGAGUUCAACAACAUACUAACCAUUCGGGAGGAGCUCGUUGAAAUGACUCAGUGCAAGUUACACGGAGUCAACAGCACGUUGAGAAUAUAUUUGGAAGGCAACCCGGUACUGUGCGACGACAACACCAAAGCCAUAACCAAGGCAAUGGAAAUGAAGUAUGACGCAAACGUCAGCGGCACCGCCAAGUGCGUGCCCGUCACGAACGAAAUCAAAUCCAACUUGACCGACACCGACACGUCGUCCGCCAUCACUGUAAUCGCCACCUGAUCAACGCCGUAUUAUUACAAUAUCUCCGAACCACGUUUCCGUGUUAAUAUUAUAAUUAUUUAUACGCAUACAAAUAUUUCUAUAU